AUGUGUACAGUGACAGAUCCGAUCCAACCGCCGUGCUUCGUAUAUUGCCGCUGCAAGGAUAUGGUUUUUAAAAUAAGUGGACCCGAAAAUAAUACUAUAAGUGCCCGGAUAAAUAAAUUAUUAGAAUCUUAUGAAUUGAGUGAUUGUAGUUUUUUAAUAAGUGGCAAAAUAUUUAAAGCUCAUAAACUAAUAUUAGGAAUUACUAGUCCAGUUUUUGAGGCAAUGUUUUAUGGACCUUUAUCCAGCAAUGAUGCUAUUAUUAUAACAGAUAUUGAGCCAAACAUAUUUCAGACCUUACUAAAUUAUAUAUAUACUGAUAGUAUAAAAAUAAAAUCUGUUGAAGAGGCCUAUGAUUUAUUGUAUGUUUCAAGAAAGUAUAUGCUGGAAUACUUGACAGAAGCAUGCGCAGCAUACUUAAUAAGACAUAUAAAUAUUGAUAAUGUCAUUAGUAUUUUGAAUUAUCCAGACUAUAUGCAAGAUAAAGAAGUUGUCUCAUGUGCAUUGAGAUUAUUCGGUAAACAUGCUGAAUAUCUUUUUCAAGAACAUACACAAAGUAUUAAUCCAGUUUGCAUGCAAAUUAUAGUUCAAAGCAAUGAGAUGAACAUUACUGAAAAGGAUCUGAUAAAACAUGUAUUUGAAUGGACAAGCUAUUAUUGUGAACAAAAUGACAUUAAAAAUACUUUAGUAAAUCGAAGAGAAGUUUUAGAUAAAAAUGGUAUCUUUAAACAUCUGAGAUUUUAUAGUCUCUCUCCAAAUGAUAUGAAAGAAGUAAUUAAUUAUAAUGAUAAUUUAUUGAAUACCUAUGAAGUAGAGGAUAUAGAGAAAUUUGAUAUAUCAGCUAUGACUGUUAAUGAAAAAAUUUUAGGCAGCUUAGACAAUAAAUUUAUUCCACGAAAAACAAUAAGUUUUCAGUGGGAAAUUUGCCAGCGAACACCAAUCAGAUCUGAACCUCCUAUAAUAAUAAAUCUAAACAAUACCACAGUGCAAACAAGGAUUAAUAUCAAUGAAACUGUCGCAAUAAGUUCUUUAAAUGUGCCAUCUAGAAUGACAUCAGUGAUUGAAUAUGUCAACCCUGUUGCAAAACUUUAUAAUGAGCAGUUUACUAUCACCAUUUUUAGUGAAGCAGAAAAUAGUAUUGUCAGAAAAAUGCAAUUUAAAAAGAAUGUAGAAUAUGACUCUCUCAUUGACAUAACAUUUGAUAAACCUGUUAUACUUAAAAAGAACCAUAAUUAUAAAAUAACAUUUACUUGGCCCUAUGCUAACUAUUGUCCACAUUACUAUGCUGUACAAACGAGAGACAAAUGCUACAUGAAUGGCAUUAUUAAAUUCUUAUUUGAAGACAUUUUUCGUCUAGCAUGUGAUGGUGGAAGUUUUCUCAGAGGUUUAAAAUAUAGUUUG